AUGGAAGUUAGAUUCUUGCACCUCAUAAAUCAUCUCACUACACUCAGAAAAAAGCAUAGUCAGGAAGACCAAGUGAGGAAAAUCUUAAGCGGUCUCAUAAAAGAAUGGGAGCUGAAAGUAACAGCUAUUGAGGAAAUAAAGGGAGAAUCAAUUGGCUCGGUUACAGUGCUAUUUGGAAGUCUUGCAGAAUAUGAGAGCAAGCAAAAAUAUAAAAAGGAGAUCAAUGAGAAAAACCGCAAAGGUAUUGCUCUCAGAACUCAAGAGAGUGAAGAUGACAACGAAGAGGACCUAGAAGAUAAUGAAAUGGGUCUUAUCAUCAAAAGGUUCAAGAAAUUCCACAGAAACAAAGCCGAAAAGAGGUUUCAAUCAAAAUGCAAAAUAUCCACAUCUCAGAAUGAGCUAAAGGAACCAAUCAUCUACUUCGAAUGUAAAAAGCCAGGGCACAUCAAAGCAGAGUGUCCUCAGCUGUCCAAGAUAAAGGACAAAGAAAAGAAGAAAGUGCUUGCUGUUGGGCUUGUGGGGUUGCUUCAGCUUGCACUUGCUCAGGUAUGUCUUAAAGCAUUUAGAACGAACAAAUGGUACAUUGACAGUGGGUGCUCCAGACAUAUGACGGGUGAUACUAAGAAAUUCACAUCACUUAAACUAAGAGAAGGAGGAAAGGUAAGCUUCGGUGGCAAUCAAUCUGGAAGAAUUACUGGAAUCGAAGAAAUAGGAAGUGACAAAGGGAUGAAGGUUGAAGAUAUGUACUAUGUAGAAGGCUUAUGUCACAAUCUACUCAGUGUCAGUUAG